CUGUGUUAGUGUGAAAGGCUCUCCACUCUGCUCUCUGAGUUGUCUUUCACAGGCAUCUUCACUGUUUCCCUAGGGAGGACAUACCAAGAAAAACUUCAGGACAAUAAAACAAACAGCUAGAUACUACACAGAGGCUAAAUGAACGUAUUUCAAAAAUCAGUACCUUAUCAAAAAUCCUUUAAACCACUUGUGUCAUCUUUAUUGAUGUGCGAUCUCAACCACUCACAUUGAAACCAAACCGUGACAGUGAGGAGAGUUCUCCACUACAUCACAUCUAUUCAAAUCCUGUCGGGCAAUCCUAAUUUUCUUGAUAAUUUUCUUCUCUGUUGAAAUCCCUCUCAUCAGGAGCGAGUCCAGAUGAAUGUAUGGAGCUCGAUGGAACAUGUGGAGCUUGGUGGAACUACUUUCAGGUUAAGCCUUCAUUGGGAUACUAGCGACGCUGCGCGCUCAAUCCUGCUCCCCGCCUCUCGCGAAACACCGUGAGAUCUCCAUCUUCCAAUGAGACCGCUGCGACGUUCGAAUCGAAACAGAAGUUGUGGAGUCAGGAGAGGCCGGAGAGGGAGCAAGGAGUGAGCGAGAACGUACAUCACUUUUAUAAUGGAAGAAACAAUAGUGGCAGAAACACCAGCCAGGAAGUUUGCUGUGGUACAGUGGUCAGAAGGAGAUGACAAGGGCAAGUUAAGUGAUGUCAAAACUGAUGCCAUCAUUCGCUAUGAUGACACAAAAAUGGGCCCUGAUGGGCUUCCUUUAAGCCUGUAUCUGGCUUCAGUUGAGUGGCGACGUGGGAAGAGGCCACAAGGAGGUUAUCCUCAUUAUGCAGCUAAUGUGAAGUUUGUGACUGGUUCUCGUUAUGAGGCCACACGAAAAUUGAAUGAGCUAACAAAAAGCAAUAAGCCAGCCCCACAAACAAAGAGGAUCUCUGUGCCCCCCAAGAAGUAUGGGGAAGAAUCAGACGACACAGACACGGAAGUUCCUCAACAAACAGAUAAGAGGUUAAAAGUCUCCCAGACUGAUCCUGCAAAGGAGUUUCUGAAGAUGUAUGGUGGGAUACCACAAACUUCAUCAGAUGAGAUCAACAACCUGAAAAAAUCUGUCUCUGCUUUGACCCAGAAAAACAUAGACUUGGAGAAAGAAUGCCAAAAGUGGAAAGACUUGGUUCUUCAAGAUGUGCCAGGACUCAUUUUUGGCAUGAAGAAGAUUAUAUGCCAGCCUGCCUCUCCCAGGACGCCCGGAUCAGAGGACUGUCCUUCACAGUGUCUUCCCUAUUUCACUCAGCCCACCUCCAGCCCCUCAUCUACUGUUUCAACACAGUCUAGUUCACCUUCAGCCAGCUCCCAGUCAUCAAAGAUGGCAAUUGAUGCUGGGAGUGGAGACAUGGAUACAACUAGUUCUUCACCAUCAAAGGUUGAGAUCUUCAAAGGCAGUGGUGUCAUGGUGGAUAAGCUUGCAUGGGUUUCGCAGUUAAUGCAAAUUCAUGUACAACAUUUGUAAGACAACUGCUUACAGCUGUAUUCCCCCCUGAAUUGCUUCUAGUCAGUAAUCUUCGGGGAACCAACAAGGGGAAGGGAGAGGCUCGUCUCCCCCUUGAGAAGACCAAAGUUGAUGCCAUCUACAAUGCAACUCUGGAGAGAUGGCCGGGUACCCCUCUGUCCCUGAUAGGGAGCAGCAUCAAUGGGAAGAUAACAGAGAUGCGGAAUAAAGUUAAGCAACAGAAAUGAGAACAUUGAAAUGUACGUUUUGUUCUUAAUAACACAGUUCAGUUCAUAAAUAUUACGUACAGUUAUGGACAGUAUGAAUGAGUUCAUUAUACCACUUAAAAUGGCACUUUAUCUCCUAAAUUGUGGGAAUGGCAGAAAGCUGCAAUGUCUGCCACUGAUGUUGAAAAUAAGUUUUUUUUCAUAACGACAUGCCUAACCAUCAUGUUUUUGAUAGGAUCAGUAAUAGUAGAUACAGUUAGUAGAAGUGCAAGGGAAGUGCAAGGGAACUAUUUGUCAGUAGAGGUUUCAAAUAAAUUUGGUUAAAAUCCCUGUGUGUAUUGCUCUUUAAUCACACAAUGAUACUCAUACAAAGCAUAUAUUGUACAUAUAUGCAACACAUAUAGGAAACAUCAGUUUGUAAAUAUGUAUUACU